AUGAUGGAACCAAUAUAUGAUGGUACAGUACAUGUUUUUCAAGGUCAAUUUUUUUCGAAAUGGAAACGAUUCAAAGGUGCAAUAUUUGAAGAAAAUAUAACAGGUCGAGCACGUCUUGAAAUUUAUAGCUCAGGUUCACAACUUGCCGCUCUAACACCAUCAAAAAGUAUUCUUCUCGGCGAAUGCGUUGCUAUCCGGAUUGUUCACUUCCGGAAUACCAUUAGUAAUGAUAACCGGAUUAUUCAAAUUCAACCAAGAAAUGCUCCAGUAUUGUUAAUUGCCGUGGAAAAUGUUGAAGAAUGGCAUUAUAUUUUGUGUAAAGUUGCAUUUCCGGAUCAGUUUGCUUCCAUUGGUACUCAUCCUUCUUCUUCACUUUCCACAAAUUCCAACGAUGAAUACGACGUUCCAUGGGAUUUAAGUCGUAUUCCGGUGUUGCUAGAAAGUAACAAAAAUAUACAUCGUAUGAAAAUUCCGGAAGGAAAUUACGAGAUUAGUUUUGGCGAUUCUAUUUUCCUGAAAAAUGGAUUCAGUUGCAUCGAAGCAUGGUCUUAUCCACAAAUUACUUGGUUUGGUACCGGUGAAAACUGUUUUGCUUUUGAAGUUGACUAUGAUCAACCGUAUGAAUUCAAAUGUGGACGACCGGAAAAUGUUCUGGGAGCGUUGCAACAGCAUAUGAAACUGAAACCUGAUACGGCGCUUCCAACAAACACAUGUAAUGUGUAUACGAAACAAUAUGUUCCAGCUGAACAGAAACUUGAUCGAAGUUCAUCGGAGCGUCAGAUGCAAAGAUCAUCAUUGCAUUCAACGGUAUCAUUUCGAAAUGAUCGAGGUACACUAAAUUCCGGAUCAGGUGAUUCACGUUCACGUUUUCCAUUUUUUCGCCUAAAAAAAGAAUGGAAAGAAAGAGAAAAAUUCGAAUUGGAUGCAAAGGAUGAAUGGAUAAGAUAUAGCAAGGAAAAUUUGAAUGAUAUGUAUCACAAUGAUAUUUAUCAAGCAAAACUACCGGAAAGAAAUUAUUUGAGGUUUCCAAAUGUGUCCAACGCGGUUGCAUACCAGCAUAAUCUCGAUCAAACUAUUGCUAAGCGUGCAUUAUGUUUAUCACUUUCAAGUGAAGCAUUAUCAGGAAUGGAUAGUAACUGUAGCAAUAGCAAUAACGAUAAAAAUAAUAGUAACAAUCAGAAUCGGAAGAUCAUUUUACGUCCGCGUGUUAUAUUGGAUGGCGAUUUACUUGAUUCAACAAUAUUCACGCCAUCGACUGAUAAUCUUGAAAAUGAUAGUGGAGUUGGAAGUCUUCAAGCUCGUAUUCGUGAUUCAAUAGCUUCAGCUCCUAGUCCUAGCCCAGCAAUUUGUAAUUCUAACGCUAUGAAUACCUAUUUCAGGCAAUCACUGAUUAAUUAA